AUGAGGAGGGAGAACCAGAGCAGCGUGUCAGAGUUCCACCUCCUGGGGCUCCCCAUAAGGCCAGAGCAGCAGGGCAUGUUCUUUGCUCUGUUCCUGGGCAUGUACCUGACCACAGUGCUGGGGAAUCUGCUCAUCAUCCUGCUCAUCAGGCUGGACCCUCACCUCCACACCCCCAUGUACUUCUUCCUCAGCCACUUGGCCCUCACGGACAUCUCCUUUGCAUCUGUCACUGUCCCUAAGAUGCUGAUCAACAUGCAGACUCAGGAUCAAUCCAUUCCUUAUGCUGGGUGCAUUUCACAGACUUACUGUUUUAUACUCUUUGCUGAUCUGGACAGUUUCCUGAUAACUUCGAUGGCCUAUGACAGGUAUGUGGCCAUCUGUCACCCUCUGCAUUAUGCUAUCAUCAUGAGUCAGAGCAUGUGUGUCAUGCUUGUUGCUGGGUCCUGGAUCAUUGCUUGUGCUUGUGCCCUUUUGCACACCCUUCUCUUAGCCCGACUCUCCUUCUGUGCUGACACCAUCCCCCACUUCUUCUGUGACCUUGCUGCCCUGCUCAGAUUGUCCUGCUCAGACACAUACCUCAACCAAUUGGUAAUCUUCACUGCAGGAUUGACAGCCAUCAUGCUUCCAUUCGUAUGCAUUCUGAUUUCUUAUGGCCAUAUUGGGGCCAACGUCCUCCGGGUUCCCUCCACCAAGGGCAUCUGCAAAGCCUUGUCCACAUGUGGAUCACAUCUCUCAGUAGUUAUUCUCUACUAUGGGGCAAUUAUUGGUCUAUAUUUUCUUCCUUCAUCCAACAACACCAAUGACAGUAACAUAAUUGCUUCACUGAUGUACACAGUGGUCACACCCAUGUUGAAUCCCUUCAUUUAUAGCCUGAGAAAUAAAGACAUGAAAGGGGCCUGGAGAAAACUCUGGAGUAAGAAAACCUAUUUUUCCAACUGAUACUAAACUUUUCUUUUAAAACUUCCCUGAUUUUAUUCCUUCAUUUACAUGUAAAUACAAAUUAUUGAAAAUAGAGCUCACUUGUCUUCUUUCCUCAGCUGCCACUCAGAAAUCUCUGCUGCUCUUUUUCUUUCUUACACUUGCUAGGGGGGAUAGUAAAGAGGAAUAUGAGUCAUGGGACUUAAUUUUCUCUUUUCUCAGAUAACAGGGAUUGUGAAAUACUUUGAGGAUGAUAUGUCCCU